AUUGUAAUUUCCCAACCCUGAUUGUCUUAGGUCAGGUUAGAUUUAAAGUUUUUGUAAUUAACAAAUAAUAAUUAGAGGAAAAAAAAUGGAAAUAGGACGUGAAGCUGUUUUGAAACUUUAUCGAAAUUUACUUAAAGAAAGUAAAAGCUGGAAUUCCUAUAAUUACAGGAUGUAUGCAUUGCGAAAAAUUCGUCACGAAUUUCAAGAAAAUAAAACAGUGACAGAUGAAGAAAAGCUGAAAGAUUGUUUUAAUCAUGGACUUGAUUCAUUGGAAAUAAUUAAGAGACAAGUUGCAAUUGGAAAUUUAUAUUUAACGCGACCAUUGGUAAUAGAAACUCAACAGCAUCAUGAAGAGAGUGAAAUAUUUUCAAAGUAGUUUUUAAAGAAAAAAAAAUUGUUUCUAAAUUAUUCAAAAUAAUUUGUUAUAAAAAUGUUCACAUCGAUAAAUUUCUGAAAAUAUUUCACAUAGAAUUUUGUGAUUUUCUUCUUUAUUGCGACAAUUUUUUUUUUUCUCUUUUUAUAUUCUUGAUUUUGUCAUUAAAAAUGAAUCGAUAAAAUGUGUAAAUAGUGCUUUUCUGUUUGUAAAUAAAUAUUCAAAUAAUUUUAA